GACAAAGCAGGCCCCAGUGAGAGUACCCAGAGUGCUAUAUAAAUACUUUUCGUAUAAAACGUUUGGGACAAAAAGAUUUAUUGGGACAGACUGUAUUGCGCACGCUCAGUACAUCCUCUGGUACUUCGGUUAAUGGCUGCCAGGAAGGAUGAACGGAUGGGCCGCGUCUUUUCACUGUGAAGCGCAUCCAUCCACAGGACCGUUAUCUCGGGCGGUUCCGAGUUAAAAUGGUCGAUAUACGACCAACAAGGCACUCCGAAAUAUUCGUCCACAGUGCUAACAUCGUCCUUGUAAUAGCACCCGCUAUCAACAUCUCGUCUUCGUGGUCAGUUCUGCCUGUCGAUCAAAGGUCAUCCUGAAGCCAUGGCAGUGAAGGACCGUGUAGAGGCGGUGCUCAAUGUGGGUCUCCGUGUUCCCAGCAUCAUGCUGCUGGAUGUCCUGUACCGCUGGGAUGUUAGCUCCUUCUUCCAGAAAAUCCAGCGCUCUAGCCUUUCCAACAACCCUCUGUUUCAGUACAAAUAUCUGGCGCUUUACUUGCAUUAUGUAGGUUACAUCCUGAGCCUGAUCCUCCUAACUCUGCCUCGUCAACACCUGGUUAAACUCUACCUGUAUGUCCUUACGGCCCUGCUGCUGUUUGCUGGGCAUCAAGUCUCAAGGGAUUACGUUCGGAGUGAAUUGGAUUCUGGCUAUGAAGGACCCGUCUACCUGGAACCUCUUUCCAUGAACAGAUUCACUACUGCACUCAUAGGCCAGCUGGUGGUGUGUACGCUGUGUUCCUGUGUGAUGCAGACCAAGAGGAUCUGGCUUUUUUCUGCUCACCUCCUCCCUCUCGUGGCCAGGCUGUGUCUGGUCCCACUGGAGACCAUUGUCUUCAUCAACAAAUUUUCCAUGAUCUUCACAGGCCUGGAGGUCAUUUACUUCCUGGCUACUAACUUACUGGUACCAUAUAAUCUGGCUAAGACUGCAUACAGGGAGCUGGCACAGGUGGUAGAAGUGUAUGGUCUUCUAGCUUUAGGCAUGUCUCUGUGGAACCAGCUGGUCCUUCCAGUCCUCUUUAUGUGUUUCUGGCUCCUGCUGUUUGCUCUUCAGAUCUACUCCUACUUCAGCACCAGAGACCAGCCUACCUCAAGGGAGAGACUCCUUUUCCUCUUUCUUACCAGUGUUGCAGAAUGUUGUAGUACACCAUACUCUCUCCUGGGUCUGGUUUUCACUGUCUCCUUCAUCGCACUGGGAGUUCUCACUCUGUGCAAGUUCUACUUGCAAGGCUACAGAGCUUUUAUGAAUGACAACACCAUGCACAGAGGAAUGACAGAGGGUAUCACCCUGCUCAUCCUUGCUGUCCAAACUGGCCUGAUAGAGCUGCAGGUCAUCCACCGAGCAUUCCUCCUCUCCAUUAUCCUCUUCAUUGUUGUUGCUUCCAUCUUGCAGUCUAUGCUGGAGAUAGCUGACCCCAUAGUCCUGGCUCUGGGGGCCUCCAGAGACAAGAGUUUAUGGAAGCAUUUCAGGGCGGUGUCUCUGUGCCUCUUCUUGCUGAUCUUUCCAGCCUACAUGGCUUAUAUGAUCUGUCAGUUCUUCCACAUGGACUUCUGGCUUCUCAUUAUCAUCUCCUCAUCAAUCCUCACCUCACUGCAGGUUCUUGGCACUCUGCUUAUCUAUGUUCUCUUCAUGGUGGAGGAGUUUCGCAAGGCUCCAGUGGAAAACAUGGACGAGGUCAUUUACUGUGUCAAUGGGACCUACAGAUUGCUGGAGUUCCUGGUUGCAGUGUGUGUGGUGUGCUAUGGCGUUUCAGAGACUGUAUUUGGGGAGUGGAGUGUCAUGGGCAGCACCAUCAUCUUGGUCCACUCAUACUAUAACGUCUGGCUCAGAGCCCAGCUGGGCUGGCAGAGCUUUCUGCUCAGAAGAGAUGCAGUAAACAAGAUCAAAAGCCUCCCCACAGCAAGUGACGCACAGCUGGAGCAGUACAAUGACAUCUGUGCUAUCUGCUUCCAGGACAUGAACAAUGCUGUGAUCACCCCAUGCAGUCAUUUCUUCCAUGCUGGCUGUUUGAAGAAAUGGCUGUAUGUCCAGGAAACAUGUCCUCUUUGUCAUUCGCAACUCAAGAGCCAAUCACCAACCACCAAUGCUCCCAACCAAGAUAUCCCUGAAGCCAAUCAAAGCCCUGCAGGACAGGAAGAAGCCACAGCCAAUAAGGAGAAAGAAUCAGUAGAGAAGGAGGGAGAUGAUGGACCUGCCAUGUCAGCUGGAGAAACCUCGUCCUCCUUCUCCUCUACCUCUAGCAUUUCCUCUGCUCCUCUGCACAAUGUCACACCUCCAUCAUCAUCUUCCUCUUGUCCCUCUCAUCAGCUUGUGACUGAUUCUCAUCAGAACCAGUUGCCAACAGAUCAUCUGUCUUCAUCCUCCCCCGCUGCCUCUGACAGAGCAGACAUACCCGGACCUCUUUCAUCUCACUCCCACAAAGUUUCCCCCUCUAUCUUUUACCACUCAUCUUCACAGGUACUGACCCCUUCAGAAGUGACGCCUGCUCAGUUGGAGCCCCAUCCACAGCUACACUCAGUGUCCCCAUCGGACAGCCAGGGGUCAUCACUUUCUGACCAGUCCACCUGCCAUUCUGAGGAACGUUCUCCUCCUCCAUGAAGCCUGUGAGAUACAAGCUGACAGGCACAGAAUACAUGCAUGCACAAAGAAAAGCCAAACCCACAAAUCAAAAUACUUCAUCUGCUUAUCCUCUACCUGCCCAGCUUUUGGCUCUACCAUCAUUUGGAAAACCCAACUCGUUUAUAUUCCUUAUGAAAGGAAAAGAUUCAGGACAAUGGUUACAGCUUCAGUAAAUGUUAUGUCAGACCUGUUGAUCUAAAUGUAUCCAGUUGAACUCAAUGGCAGUUUUGUUUUGGUUUCAUGGGGAGAGAUGCAGUAAUUGGCAGUUCUGUCUCAUGUCCACAAAGUGUGAAAUCUUAAAAGUAUCAUGACUUUUUUUUGUUGUUGUUUUCUAGUUUUAUACAUUGAAUUUUUCACAUAUAUUAGCAUCUCCAAAGGUCAUGCUCUUGUCUCAUAUUACUGCCGGAUAUCUCAUGUGCUGGUUGGUCCCUCCUGCCUUUGUUUGUGCAGCCUUUCUGUCAGUGCUGUACGUUUUGGGUUUCUCUGUUGUCCUAUAUGUGCCAUGACUUACUGAAGAUUGGAUCAGAGGUUGACAACUUGGAACUAUGGAUGACUGAUAGUUGCAUUUUAAACUGUGACAAAGUCUUAACAUUUCAUAAAGUCUCCAAAUGGUUGAGUUUGAUGAACAUUUCUGGUUUUCUAUAAUGAAAGUGGUUCUGUGUAUUUGUGAAUACUAAGAAUUAACAGACUGAAUGUUGUUCCUAGAGGCCGUCACUUGACCUGAAGCCUGGUGCUAAGCAGAGGAUACAUGCUGUAGUUCAGUCAUUUGUUGCUGUGUAAACAAAUCGGUGGGUUCAAAUGGAAUAGCUAAUUAAUUUUGUCUGUAAAGCUUUCGCUACUGUACUGCUUCAAUAGUUGAAUCAAACUUGUUUGGCUGGUCCCAGCAAAAGAGAAAAAAAAGCAUCUCUCUUCCUCAUUGCCAAAGUUUUGUAAUGCUGUUACAGAAAUGUUAUUUUUAAGGUAAUUUUUACUAUACUUUAUUGGACACCACAGUGCAGAAGGACUGGAAAAGCAGAGGGGAGAGGAGGGAUAUUAAUGGUCCGUUUUGAACUUGAGCAUUGUGAGAAAGUGGCGUAUUUAGUCCACAGAGCGGAUAUGGAGCCCAAACUGCUGCUUUUUAACUGUUUUAUUUAUGUACUCCUCAGCAUUCACCCUCCCAAGCAUAGCCCACUUACAUUCAGCCUACCAGGUUAGGUCAGGUUAGGUUAGGUUAGGUUAGGUUAGGCAGUGGUGAUCAUUGUUCAUGCCAGGAGCCAAUUACCUUGCUUCAUUCAAUCAAUUCAAAGAUCUGUCUUUUCCAAGAGCAUUGGUACUCCUCUGCUGCUCAGUCACUUCACUCCAUUAGAUGUUACUACCAGCUAACUAUUUUCUGUCCCCCAUGUAUGCUUGGGCUCCCACACACACACGCAACAAAAGGUGGCUCUUGUGCUUAGCAAAUGGGGCAGGAAAGUGAAAAAAUAUAUGUUAAGAAUUGUUAAAAGACUAAAACUUGAGGAUGCUGAGUUCUGACACGCUUGUAUGUAGAGCUUGCACGCUGCCACUCUUCCUACAGAGUUUAUUUUUGCCCGCAAUGUACUCUAACCUUGCUACAAAUGUUUUUUCUACCUUUUACUUUUCUUUAACUAUUUUUUUGUUGUGUAUUUGCACUAAUGUCAUUUAUACUAGCGAUGCUCCAAAGCUGUUCUGUGGCUGUCAGCAACCAAAUACCCUCUGAUGUUCGUGUAAGAGGAAACAGCCCAGCCUCUUUGUGUUUAAUGUAUAUAAAUGUUACUCUGUGUGGCAUCUACAUUAAACCAGAGUAGUGUUGUUACAUUUAUAUGAUCAGGGCAUGAAUUCCUCAUGGCUUCUUAUCAUGUGGCUGAGAAGCAAUGGGGAAAGCAAGCUCUCUGAUCCAAGCACAGUCAGUGUUACGGCUUCUCCAGUCUGUAUGACGCGUCUUUGAGCUGGUGUGAUCACUCCGGUGCCCUCUUAUGUUAGGAGUGGGAUUAGCAUGGCGCUGUAGGACUGGAGUUGUACUAGUUAACCAUUAACAGUAUUACUUAUUACCACUAUUACUAAAGGUCUUAUUAUGAAUGACUUUUUUUUUCCCCCUUGACUUUAGAAAGCAUUGGCUGCAGGGCUGAGAAUGAAUACAUGAACAAUGUAGGAUCAAACCUGGCCAAUGCUGUUGUGUGUUUAAUUUUUUUUCAGAUAAAAUGUAGUUUGUAUUUUGCACAUGUUCCUCUGUAAGGUGAACAUAAGAAUUUUCUGUAUACAACUUUUUUCUGUUAACUUUUUUCCAUAGACUUUGAUUUAAAAUGAAGUGUCUGAAAUGGGUUCAGAUGUCUGAACAGCUUCAUAGACUU